CCUCUAGCCCUAGUGAGGUUACCCCUGCCUAGCCUCUCCCUCUCCCUCUCCCUGCCCCUCCACCCCACCUCACCUCAUCCCCGGUGAGGUGUCCCCUUCCCCCCGACCCCACCCCUGGUGAGGUCCCCCAGGUGAGGUGUCCCCCCCCCGCCCGGCCGCCACCACGUCUGCGGAGUGGGUCCAGGCCCCCCCCUCCCCGGGGGCGACUAGUGAGGAGUUGUCGGAGCCGCUGGACGGGAAGCAGCUGGAGAACGAUGCGGAGGGCGUGUGGAGCCCCGACAUCGAGCAGAGCUUCCAGGAGGCGCUCGCCAUCUACCCACCCUGCGGACGCCGCAAGAUCAUCCUCUCCGACGAGGGAAAGAUGGAGGAAUGAGCUGAUAGCGCGCUACAUCAAGCUGCGGACGGGGAAGACGCGGACGCGGAAACAGGUCUCCAGUCAUAUCCAGGUCCUGGCGCGGCGGAAGGCUCGGGAGAUCCAGGUGAAGCUGAAGGACCAGGUUGCCAAAGACAAGGCCCUCCAGAGCAUGGCCACCAUGUCCUCCGCACAAAUCAUCUCCCCCACUGCCUUUCAGAACAAGAUGGUGCUGCAGGGGCUGCCACGGCCAGCGUACCCCACGCACACUGGGUUCUGGCAUGGCGCUCUACCAGGACAGCCUGCAGGCCCUGAAGACAUCAAACCCUUUGCCCAACAGAGCUACGCCAUGCAGGCGUCCGGCCCGCCUCCCAUCACAGGUUACGAGAGCACGGCGGGCUUGUCGAUGUCCCCCAGUGCUCCCCCAUGGCAGGGCCGCAGCAUCGCCAGCUCCAAGCUCCGCAUGCUGGAGUUCUCAGCUUUCCUGGAGCAGCCGCAGGACUCGGAGACAUUCAAUAAGCAUCUGUUUGUCCACAUCGGCCAGUCCAACCCGACCUUCGGCGAUCCCUACCUGGAAGCGGUGGACAUCCGGCAGAUUUACGACAAGUUCCCGGAGAAGAAGGGCGGCCUGAAGGAGCUGUUUGAGAAGGGGCCCCCCAACGCCUUCUUCCUCGUCAAGUUCUGGGCUGACCUGAGCAUCAACCUGCAGGACGACAGUAACUACUUCUACGGCGUCUCCAGCCAGUACGAGAGCUCCGACAACAUGAUCAUCACCUCCUCUACCAAGGUCUGCUCCUUCGGGAAACAGGUGGUGGAAAAAGUGGAGACGGAGUAUGCGCGGUUCGAGGGCGGCCGCUACGUGUUCCGGAUCCACCGCUCUCCGCUGUGUGAAUACAUGAUCAACUUCAUCCACAAACUCAAACACCUGCCAGAGAAAUACAUGAUGAACAGCGUACUGGAGAACUUCACCAUACUACAGGUGGUGACGAAUAGAGACACUCUGGAGACGCUGAUGUGUGUGGCGUACGUGUUUGAGGUGUCCACCAGUGAGCACGGGGCACAGCACCAUAUUUACCGACUCAUUAAGGAUUGAGAGGAGGAGGAGGGAGGCGGGAGGAGAAGACCUCUCCUCAUGGAGCAGGAAGAGACCUCCUUGGAGGAGCAGGAAGAGGGAGGAGGGAGGAGGAGGAGGAAGGCGGGAGGAGGAGAUCUCUCCUCAUGGAGCAGGAGGAGGGAGGCGGGAGGAGAAGACAUCUUCUCUUGGAGCAGCAGGAGGAGGGAGGAGUAGGAGUAGGAGGGAGGAGGGAGGACACCUCUUCUCUUGGAGCAGGAGGAGGAGGGAGGAGGAGGAGGGAGGAGACCUCUUCUCUUGGAGCAGGAGGAGGAGGGAGGAGGAGGAGGGAGGAGACCUCUUCUCUUAGAGCAGGAGGAGGGAGGCGGAGACCUCUCCUCGUGGAGGAGCAGCAAGAGGAGGAGGGAGUAGACCUCUCCUCGUGGAGCAGCAAGAGGAGGAGGGAGUAGACCUCUCCUCGUGGAGCAGCCUGUUACAGUACCACUACUAGCCACAGAACUAGCACAAGCAACCAGCGAAAACCUCCAGCACAUCAUCACAUUACAACCACCACAACCUCCCCUGUCCUCUCUCUCUCUCUCUCUCUCUCUCUCUCUCUCUCUCUCUCUCUCUCUCUCUCUCUCUUUCUCUCUCUCUCUCUCUCUCUCUCUCUCUCUCUUCAACACUGGACUGCAGUUCUAAUCCAGCUCUCCUCACGUCAGAGUGUCAAGUUAACACUGGGUCCUGGGAGUCAAGUUAACACUGGGUCCUGCUAACGUCUGUCUAGGCAACAACAUCCAGCCAAGACGAGGCUGAAAGACUAACAGAUUGCGGUUACUAUGAGAUGGAUGUGGACGAGGUGAAUCUGCUUUGGCCGUCUCAGGAGCUGGGGUAGAGCUGGGUGUGCAGUACCUACCACACUCUGGAGGUGAAACAGAAACAGACCUUACACAUGCCUCAGAGCCUUUUUUAUCUGGGCUUUUCAGUUGUUUGUUCAUUUUUUUACUGCCAGAGCCACACUUUAAGAUGUUGCAUGAUUCUUCUCCCCAGUGUCUCUCUGAAACCUUCCCUUGCUCAUUUCUUUUAAAUAGCGUGUGCUUGUAUUUCCUGCUCAUUCAUUUUUAUUCCCACAAACAAACAAACACUCCCGUUGCAUAGACAGACAGACAGACAGACAGACAGACAGACAGACAGACA